AUGCUGUUUAAUUUGAGGAUCCUGUUGAACAAGGCAGCUCUUCGAAACGGUCACAGUUUCGCGGUUCGAAAUUAUCGAUGUGGACAACCACUACAAAAUAAAGUACAGCUAAAGGGUCGUGACCUCCUCACUCUAAAGAACUUUACAGGAGAAGAAAUUAAGUAUAUGCUAUGGCUAUCAGCAGAUCUGAAAUUCAGGAUAAAACAGAAAGGAGAGUAUUUGCCUUUACUGCAAGGAAAGUCCUUAGGCAUGAUUUUUGAAAAAAGGAGUACUCGAACAAGAUUGUCCACAGAAACAGGCUUUGCACUUCUGGGAGGACACCCUUGUUUUCUUACCACACAAGAUAUUCAUUUGGGUGUGAAUGAAAGUCUCAUGGACACAGCACGUGUGUUGUCUAGCAUGACAGAUGCAGUGUUGGCGCGAGUGUAUAAACAAUCAGAUCUGGACAUCCUGGCUAAAGAAGCAUCCAUCCCAAUCAUCAAUGGGCUGUCAGAUUUGUACCAUCCUAUCCAGAUCCUGGCUGAUUACCUCACUCUCCAGGAACACUACGGCUCUCUGAAAGGCCUUACCCUCAGCUGGAUUGGGGAUGGGAAUAACAUCCUGCACUCCAUCAUGAUGAGUGCAGCGAAAUUCGGGAUGCACCUUCAGGUGGCUACUCCAAAGGGUUAUGAGCCUGAUCCCAGCAUAACCAAGUUGGCAGAGCAGUAUGCCAAGGAGAACGGUACCAAGCUGUCACUGAUGAAUGAUCCAUUGGAAGCGGCUCGUGGAGGCAAUGCAUUAAUUACAGACACUUGGAUAAGUAUGGGGCAAGAAGAGGAGAAGAAAAAGCGGCUCCAGGCUUUCCAGGGUUACCAGGUUACAAUGAAGACGGCUAAAGUUGCUGCUUCUGACUGGACAUUUUUACACUGCUUGCCCAGAAAGCCAGAAGAAGUGGACGAUGAAGUGUUUUAUUCUCCACGAUCACUUGUAUUCCCAGAGGCCGAAAACAGAAAGUGGACAAUCAUGGCUGUCAUGGUGUCCCUGCUGACAGAUUACUCGCCUCAGCUCCAGAAGCCAAAGUUUUAA